AUGGAUUACGAAGCUCUCAAGGCACAUCAAGUAGCUCCACCGAAGCAGGACUUUAUGAUAAGGAUUCUUAGCUUUAUUUGUGGAUUUGGAAUGCUAGGGCUAUGCGCUUAUAACUUUUGGUUUUUCAAGGUUCGGGUCCCUAUUGAUAUUUUUCUACCAGUUUAUUACGGGUAUCUGAUAAUUUAGAUUAUUUGGACUUAUGAUGAUGGCUGCUGAAAUCAGGUCUAAGUGCAUAGAAACUUAUGCAAGAUUUUUAUGUGAAACUUUUGGGAAAGGAAUGUUCUUUGUAUUGUAAGGAAUGAUAUAGAGCGCUGGGACGUUGUGUAUAAGGUCAACUUUCAUGUAAAUUAUAUGCAGAGGGCAAUACGGAAUGGCAGCAUUAUGCAUAGGUAUUGGGAUCUUUAUUUUGUGCUGUAGGCCAGUAAAGCAAAAUACAACGGCAUCUGAUCCCCCUGAAUCACAAUUUCUUGCUUAA